CCCGAGGGGGGCAGAAGUGGGAAUAUUGGCCCGAGAUCGCCGAGACCUUGGUCGAAUAUAGACAAGCACUCGAGCAUUCCGUGGCAGGGCACUGCAGAACGUCCAAUCACCAAGAGUCCAUGCAUCCUUGGGCCCAUCGUUAGCCUUCAACUCGGCAAAUGAUGGCCCGAAAAGGUCUCCGUCGUGAAUGGAGAAAUGUGCCGAGUUCUUCCACGUAUGGCGGCGGGUCAUGUUUUAGGCUUCAUCUCCGCCUCAGAAGAGAAAACAGUUCAUUAAGGUCUGGCUGCGGUCUGUUGCUUUCUGAAAACCAGGCCACUCCUAUAGACAUCUUUGUUUUUUCUUUCUUUCUUGCUUGUUCCGCUAUGGCUUCUCUCCCCCCUCCACAGGCCCGUCAAACCAUUGACCUCCUCAUCAACAACCUGGUCAACAUCAAAGACACCACCGGCCAGUUUCUCCUCCACCUCCAGGAUGGACGCAUUAUCGAUACAAAAUCAUGGGCUGGGUGGGAAUGGACCCACGGAAUUGGCCUCUACGGGAUCUGGAAAUACUACGAGAUGACCGGCGACGCGAAGCUCCUGGGUAUCAUUGAGGACUGGUUCGCCGCGCGCUUCGCUGAAGGCGGCACCACCAAGAACAUCAACACCAUGGCUGUCUUCCUGACGCUAGCCUACGUCUACGAGAAAACCGGCAACGUCACGUAUCUCCCCUGGCUCGACGCCUGGGCCGAAUGGGCGAUGCAUGAUUUACCCCGCACCCGCUAUGGAGGCAUGCAACACGCCACUUACCUCACAGAGAACCACCAGCAGCUCUGGGACGACACGCUCAUGAUGACCGUGAUGCCGCUGGCCAAGAUCGGAAAGCUCCUGAACCGCCCCGCAUACAUUGCCGAGGCGAAGCGCCAAUUCCUCGUGCAUAUCAAGUACCUCUUCGACACCAAGACGGGACUCUGGUUCCAUGGCUGGACCUUCGAAGACGGCGGCCACAAUUUUGCAAACGCGCGCUGGGCUCGAGGAAACAGCUGGGUGACCAUUGCGAUUCCCGAGAUUAUUGAGCUCCUGGAUCUCGAGCCCGAGGAUCCUCUCCGCAUUCAUCUCAUCGAUACCCUCGAAGCACAAUGUGAAGCUCUUCAGCGUUUCCAAACCGACGCAGGUUACUGGCGGACCCUGCUCGACCAUGAAGAUUCCUACGUCGAGUCCUCUGCCACGGCUGGAUUCGCGUAUGGGAUCCUGAAGGCGGUUCGCAAGCGGUACAUCCGGGCCGACUACAAGGCCGUUGCGGAUAAGGCGAUCGCUGCUGUCGUGAAGGCUGUGGAUGAGAAAGGCGAGCUGCUAAAUACGAGUUUUGGAACUGCCAUGGGUGAUACAUUAGACUUUUAUAAGCAGAUCCCGCUGACGGCGAUGCCCUAUGGGCAGGCAAUGGCGAUUAUGGCUCUGGGAGAAUACUUACGAGGUUGCUUAUAGAUUUGGGUAUAGAAC